AAAUGAUCCGAAUCGACUGCGCUCCGCAGACGGUGGAUUUUUUCGACCGGAAAAUUUUUUCAAAACAAAAAAAAACCACUAUGCGUACGAAAACUCUAGUGUUGUACUUGUGCGCUGCCAGCUGCUUUCUGUGGAAAAGUGCGACCGCGUCGCCCACUAAUCACCAGGACGACAACGGCGAAUCCAACAAAAAUUCCACUAAAGUGCAAUCGGAAAGCGCACCCGCAAAUAACGUGCAACCAGAAUGUGUACCGGCCAAGAACGGCGCGCAACCAGAAAGCGUACUGACCAAAAACGACAACGACGAGUCGAAAGAAGCGAGCGACGAACAGUCGAAAGAGGACGAAUCUGCAGAAAGGAGGAGACUCAAGGAAAUUUUAACACAAGCAUUCAAUGAUCUCGAUGUUGAUGGGGACGGCGAAAUUUCAAACGUAGAAUUGGAGGCGUUAACAUUGAAAAUGAAUUGGAAAAAUUCGGCAGAGAAUAAUAAUAAAUUAUUCAUGGCAUUCGAUAAAGACGGAAACGGAAUGAUAAGCUUUAUGGAGUUUGAGAAUUUGACGAGAAAAAAUCCAAUCAGCGUGAAUACUUCGAGUUCAACGAUGGCGGAUCGGUCUCAAUGUGAAUGUCCAUCCGGAUGUAAUUGCGAAAACGAGAACGGUUGUCCGUGUGGGGAGAACGUUAACGAAGGAGUACGAGUGAAAAAAAGAGUAACAAUAUCUAUUUCGAAUAAAAAAAGCAACGGAGAAAGUCAGGAGGAAAACAGCGAAGAAAGUCAGGAGGAAAACAACGAAGAAAGUCAGGAGGAAAACAACGAAGAAAGUCAGGAGGGAAACAAACGAGAUAAACAGGAUGAAAACAAACGAGAUAAACAGGAUGAAAACAAACGAGUGAACCGAGAAGAAGGCGUAAAAGAAAGUAAGGAUGGAAACAAAGAAGAAACUAACGAUAGAGAUAAAUAAAAGUCGACAAACAAGUGUAGUUGGAUACACUCGUUUUGUUUAUGAGAUUAUACUAGAGCUUUUGUUUGUUAUUUUAAAAAAUAUUUUUCGUCUAAAUACAAAAUAGUUUACGGUUAAUUAUUAUUAUUAUAUAUAUAUGUGUGUGUGUGUUAUAUGUGUGCAUUUUAAAUAUUUCUUUUUAAAAAGUUUAAUAAUAUACGAAAUAAAAAAAAAAUGUUAAUUCUCAGCA